AUGACAACACCACUUGCAUCCGUGGCAAUCCCAGGCCAAUGCCUGGGAUCUGUUACCACAUACUCCGCAGGACCCGGUACGCACAUCCAACAAUCCAACAUCUACGCCUCCAUCGCCGGUCCUGUCGUCGUGGAUCCCGCCCAACCCAAGACAGGAACAAAAUCAACUAUCCGAGUCUCACGGGCCGUUCCAGCCACAAUUCGAGCUGCCUCAGCCGCAAAGCAAAAGCAGCGAUACAACACGCUACCCGCCGUCGACUCGAUUGUCCUGGCCCGUGUCACUCGCGUCCAGAAGCGUCAGGCUACUGUCUCCAUCCUCGUUGUCUUGGACGAUGCCUCACAAGACCCCUCGCAGAAUGCCUCGGACAACGACAACGUCGCUUCUAUCUUGACAUCCGCUGCCAAUCCUGAGAACCACAGUAGCACUGACGAGCUACGGUUCCAGGCCCUGAUUCGCAAGGAGGACGUUCGUGCCGUCGAGAAAGAUCGCGUUGUGAUGGAAGACAUGUUCCGUGUUGGUGAUAUUGUGCGUGGCUCGGUCAUUUCUCAAGGUGAUCAGAGCUUCUACUAUCUCACUACUGCUCGUAAUGAUCUUGGUGUUGUUAUGGCUCGCAGUGAUGCUGGAAAUAUGAUGUUCCCUGUUAGCUGGAAGGAGAUGCGUGACCCUGUCACGGGGACUGGUGAGCCGAGGAAGGUUGCGCGCCCUUACUGA